CCUUGCUGGGCACUCUUCCACCGCAAGUAGUUCUAGGAUUUCGUCCGCUCCCCGCGUCGCGUCCCUUGCCUUCUUCCUGGUCGUCCACCCGCCGCACUGCCCCCUGCAUCCCGCUCCUUCCUAGCUGACGCAGGGCUGGAGGCCAUAGCUUUCAGCUUAUGUGGAGAAGUUGUUGUGGAAGUCACCUAUAAAUCCACUUACUGAAUUUAUGGAGAAAUCUACAAAUGAUGGAAGUCAUUCAGAAGAACUAUUUUCCCAUCUUAAAAGUAGAUCAGAGAAUGAUUUACCACGACAUGCCAGUGAAAGUCAUCUCAGCUGCAUGAAGAAGGACAUCAUAAGUGAAAAGACUGAAUUGGAAGCAACGCUUAAGGAAGCUGAGUUGGCAGCCUGUUCUGUGGAACUACUUUUGCCAUUAUUUAAGGAUGCUAUUGAAAAGAUUAGUUUUGAAAAUGCUAAUCUUUCUGCAUCCAAUUUGAAGAAGAUUUCUGAACAAAAGGAAAUAUUAACAAAAGAAUUAGACACUUUUAAACGUGUGAAACUAGCUUUAGAACAUCUUAGGAAGACAGACUACAAACAAACAGGAGACAAUUUACCUAGCAUGUUGUUAGAAAAUCUAACUGAUAAUGCAAGUGAAAAUACUAGUCUGAAGAAGAAGGUGCUUGAAAAGGAGACCUACAUUCAGGAACUUUCUUGUUUGUUUCAGAAUGAAAAGGCAAAUGCUUUGAAAGCAAACCGUUUCUCUCAAUCAGUAAAAGUAGUACAUGAACGACUACAGCUCCAAAUUCAUAAAAAGGAAGCAGAGAAUGAUAAGUUAAAAGAGUACAUAAAGAGUUUAGAAACCAAGAUAGCCAAAUGGAACUUGCAGUUGAAAACGAAUAAGCAUGAGGCUGUAGUGAUGAAAGAAGCAAGUAGGAAAAAAGCUAUAGCUUUAAAAAAAGCAUCUAAAAUUUACAAACAAAGGCUCGAACAUUUUACAGGAGAUAUUGAAAACCUUAUUUACCAAAUUAGAGAUCAGGAAGCCAAGUUGUCUGAAACAAUUUCAGCUUCUGAUGCCUGGAAAAGUCAUUAUGAGAAAGUUGUAAUAGAAAAAACUGAAUUAGAAGUUCAGAUUGAAACAAUGAAAAAGCAAAUCAAUAAUCUUUUGGGAGACCUGAAGAAAAUGGAAGACCAUGGAAAAAAUUCAUGUGAAGAAAUUCUUAGAAAACUUCACUCGAUUGAAUAUGAAAAUGAAACUCUGAAUCUUGAGAAUACAAAAUUAAAGAGUACAUUCGCUGCUUUGAAGGACGAGAUUGUUUCUGUUGAAAAUGAACUCUUGGAAUUGCAAGAAGUAGAAAAACAACAGAAAGCUCUUAUUGAAGUAUAUAAAACUCAGGUACAAAAGUUGCAAGAAGCAGCUGAAGCAGUAAAAAGCAAAUGUAAAAAUUUGCUAUGUGAAAAUAACCUAUUAACAAAAAACAAAAAUAAAAAAUUAGAGACAGUUGAUGGAAAUCCCAAUCUUCUGGGAAAGCUUUCUCUGGAAGAGGAAAAUUAUCUUAUUCAGUUGAAAUGUGAAAACCUUAAGCAAAAAUUAGAACAGAUGGAGACAGAAAAUAAAGAGCUUGAAAAGAAGCUCGCAAACCAAGAAGAAUGUCUUAAGCACAGCAAUCUUAAGUUUAAAGAGAAAUCUGCAGAAUAUUCAGCCUUGGCCAGGCAACUGGAAGCUGCUUUAGAAGAAGGAAGACAAAAGGUUUCUGAAGAAAUAGAAAAAAUGUCAUCUAGAGAGAGGGCUUUACAAAUUAAAAUAUUAGAUCUGGAAACGGAGCUUAGAAAGAAAAAUGAAGAACAAAAUCAGCUUGUUUGCAAAAUGAACAGUAAAGCACAACAUCAGGAAGUGUGUUUGAAAGAAAUACAACAUAGUCUUGAGAAGUCGGAGAACCAAAAUGAGAGUAUUAAGAAUUAUUUACAGUUUCUUAAAACUUCUUAUGUAACGAUGUUUGGAUAAAUUGUCAGAUUUAUUUUCUAUAAGCAGUAGGUUUGUACUGUGAGU